AUUUACAUUUACAUUUAAGUCAUUUAGCAUUUCAUGAUAGUUCUCUCACAGAGAUAGGUUAAGUUCUUAUUUUGAGAGUGUUAACAUUUAUUAUCAAUGGCUUAUCGAGGAAGAAAAUCAAGUGAGUUUGACAAACUCCAGAAGGAGAACUCUCAGAUGAAGAGCGUCAUCGAAAACUUGAGGAAGCAAAACAUGGCUUUAAUCCAACAGGAUGACCAGGACAGGUUUUCAAGUUUUGGCUAUCAGGAGAGCUACCCAAUCCCAGAGGGCCAUCGGGGCUUCAUCAGUGAUGCCAGACUUCUGCAGAUGCAGAGAGCUGAGAGAGAGGCCAUGGAAGGAAAGCAAAGAAAGAUAAGUGCUAUCCAUGAGAAUUAUGUCCGGACUGCUCUCAUCGGGGUUGGCAGCACCUUCGCGCACCACUUUGUCCCCUCUAUUCAGUGCAUUCCGCGGCCGAAAGCUCCAGCGAGGCCUUUGCCACGAAGGCUUGAACACAUAGCUCUGGCCCCACUGAAGAACGUGGUGGGGGUGGACGGAGCCCAAGUUCGACCCGGAUCUCACUCUCUGGAGUCCAUCCAGGUAAAUAAGUCAUUCAGCAGCAGUAGCGUGCGGCCUGUUCCCGUCCCUCCCACUGGAGCUCCCUCCAAGAGGGGCAAGAAGAAGAAGGGCAGGCGGGGAGUCAAAGCCCUGAAAGUCCAGUUGGACCAGGGCUGUGCUGACAACAACGGACCCAUUGACCUGAUGGAGGAGGUGAGGGACAUCGAGGCUCACCUGAAGGAGGAGGCCUGGAAGGUGGUACAUGAGGUGAAGGCCAUGGGCAGGAGAAGUUUGGGCUCGGCCAUGUCCAUGGGGGAAAUAGCCACCAGCUCUCUGGGAAGCCUGAGCUCAGUGGAUAUGAACACCCCUGCGGAGCUCCGUGACUACUUGGAUGUUGGGACCCCGGUAAAGUCGCGUGACAGCCCACCCAGGCCUGCUCCCCCCCCUACCAAGCCCAGGAGCAAACUGCCUCGGCCUACAAGGUUCCUUAGCCUGCAAAAGGCUGACACCGGCUCAGACAAGAAGGCAGCCAGUGAGCCAAAGGGCCAAAUAAAGAAAAGUCAGGACCAGGCCAGAUUGCAGCCCCUGUCCAACCCAGAGCAGGCCCUGACUAAGACCUUCAAGCUGCUCCACUCUGCCUCUGAUGACUGGGAGAAGAAGAUCGAGGGCUUGACCUCUCUCCGUGUGAUGGCUCAGAACCACAUGGACAUACUGAUGCCUAAACUCCAUGAUAUCUGCCUUGCCAUUAUAAAUGAGGUAGCUCCAGAGGGCCAUGGACAGUGA